CAGGGCAGUGUGCUCAGUUGGUUGUUGCAUAGUUUUCGAGCUUAUUGAGAUUGCUUCCUGCCCGUCUUCCCGCUGCGUGUCAGGCAAAGCAGUUGUCAUUGAUUUCAAUGUGCGCACAAGCCUCCUUCAGGAACACACCAGAUUGCCAUUCAGGCCAUUGGUGUGUUAAGCUGUUGCGGGUUGAGCCCGGCGCUUGAGCUCUGGCGCGAUGGCGAGUGCAGCCAAGGAUGGGCCGGUGGAAGCCUUCCUCGACCUUGUCAGGAAAGAGAAGUUCCGAGAAGCAGCGGAGGAGUUUGUGAAGCUAGUGAAAGACCUGAGGUGCUCAAAACUGACGCUUGAGAAGGAACAGGACUUCCGGUUGCAUAUCAAUAAGGCGUUCAAGAGGCUCUCGAAGUUUGUGCAAAGUAAAGAGGCUGUCCGUGGACUGCUCUCCAUUCUUGAGCGAAGCCCUCCUCAUGGCGCGGUGGUGAUGGAAGCUCUUUCCUCAAUCCUGACCUCGUCCCUUGGACAUCAGGUGGCAUCCUGUGAGACUGCCGCUUCCGCUUUCUGGCAUUAUGGGGAGUGGCUGUUUGCCCCUCUGAUGUCCCCGCCCUAUCAGCCAAGGCAUGGGCAAGAGGAGUACACCUUCAAGCACGUGUCCGACCACCUUCUCAACUUGGCGAAGUUGAUGCAAGAUGGCCCCCCGAGCUUCGUCAAAGGAGCCUUGCAGCAGCGGCUCCUCCAACAAGUCAUCGCCUGCUUUCCAUGGGGCCAACAGCUGUCGGCGCUCAAGUACCGGGGCCAACUUGGUCCCCUCGCUUGGCUUGCUCACAUGCUCGCGCUGUUGGUCGGCGAGUUUCUAAACAAGGGGGAGCGCUCGGAGGUUCCACUGGGCAAGUUGGGGUUGCAGGCCUUGGUUCCUUGGUUAGUUGCCUUCUUUGAUGAGUUGCGGUGCAUGGCUGAGCUCGCAGCCAAGGAUGGGCCCUGGGGUCAAGAAGGUGUGCAGCAUGCGGAGGUCUCGGCACAGAUUCUCUUCCACCAUCUGCACGAGAUGACAAUCUUGAACGAGAUCAUGCGAACUCCUCAGGGCCCUAGCUUCGAAGCAGCCGCACGGAAGUUGCUCUCGUGUAUUUCUAGUCCGGAUGCGAAGUUGCAAGGAGGUGCGCUGGUGAGCAACAUCCACUACCUGAGGGUCCAAAGAGGGGCUCCGACCAAGGACACGCUCAAGGACUUCGAGGGUGUUCAAGGGCUGCUGCAAAGGGUUCAACAAACCUCGGGAUCUGCCCGGAGUGAGGCGCUUUGGCAACUUCUCUCGGCAAUCAACGGAGGAACAGUGCCUGCCCUUCAAAACCUGAUGUUGCACUGUGAGGUCGUUUCGUGCCUCACUCAAGUGUUCCAAGCGGAGUUAGAGGCGACUUUGGAAGUAGAGACCGUGGAGAUUAACCGGCUAGCAAGCAUAUUGGAGUUGCUCUCUUUGUUCACGGGGCUUGUGGACAUGAGCGACUCAGGUUCACUUCGAGGUCGACUUUGACGCAGUGGGUGCUUGCCUUCUUGACAACGCCGAUCGUGCUUUGCAACGGCUUGGGCAGAAUACGAGGUACUUCUGGGAGGUUCUCGUUUUGUCCUACAAUUCGGGCAACGUGCUACAAGAGAGAAGGAGCGAGCUGAUCAGGGUGGUCGUGCGGGGGCUUGACUCGGAUGCUCCGGAGCGGUGGGCCGGUGUCUUGGGCUGGCACUUUCUGACUGUGCUCACGGGCAUCGUUCCAAGCUUGAGAGGCUCAGGUUUUGGCGUGCAGACUAGAGAAGCGG